UCAUAUCUUUCAAGUUUUGUUGCUUCUACCUCACGAUCGCACAGCGUUUUUCGAGACUAGCGCACUCUGUCAGGAAUUAAUGUGAGGUUAGCUGUGCAGUUGCAAGCCACAAGAUUUUGUGUGUGAAACGGUACUACAGCGAUUAUACAGUGAGAGAAAAUCACUACUGGUGAUUUGUUAUCCAAGGAAAGCGUAGAACAUCCCAGAUUCAUAGAUAUUUGUAGUUUCCAUAAUUAUCUGUAUAUCAUGCAAAUACUCCAUAUAUAUUGAAGCGUGGACAAGAGAUAGCAUACUAUUUCCUCACUGGCUCUUUGUAUUGGAGGAAUUUUUAUCUGGAUCUAUUUCAAUUCUGGGAUGGCAUACUGUUUAUAAUUAUAAACUACAAUCAACCAUUAUAAAAAAAUCCUCAGUGACCAUCAUCCUAUGAAAACAAUGGAGCGUUACAGUUCGAGGUUCCAACGUAUUGGACCAAAAUUGCAUAAGAAUCGUAGAAUUUACGACAAAUGGGGAAUGAAAUAUCACAAUAAAAUGCAGGAUAUUGUGUUUGGUAAGCAUUGUUUACCUUACGUACCAACAGAACGACCACCAUCUUUGGUGAGUGAAGAAAUUGUGGAAUCUGGUCCAUUAUAUGUGUGCAAACAGUGCAAAGAUUGUUUUCGUUUUCAAAGCAGUUUCGAAGAUCAUAACACACGGCACAGUUGGAUUUUAGGGCUUUGGUGUUACAUUUGUUUUGAAACAAUAUGUACUCACAUAACUGAGACAGGUUCUACGAGUAAAAGAUGUUGUAUAUGCAUACACAAGAGUUGUGAUAAACGUGCGUAUCUGCGAGAAAGAGGUUUACACAAGAGCCAAAGGAUGGGAGCUGUAAGAGUAUUUUACAACCAGUGUCAAUUUGUCGAACAUUUGAAAAUGCAUAACUUAAGCUCGAUAAAUAUAGCUGAUAUAAUGUUAAUACCUUUGCCUGUUGACAUGAGCAAUAGCGAUUGGUGUACUGAAUUUGAGAUAUUAUGCGAGGCACUUAUGGAACGGGCAUUUUUGCUACGUACACAUAUUAUAGAUUGGCUAAAGAUGCAUAACUUGCAAGAUAAUUGGUGGAAGCUAGUUAAUGGCAAAAGUAAUGACAAUAUGAUCAAUAAAAUUGUCGACGAUUACCGGGGUCGAGAAUUAUUCGAAACUUUCGAUAAGCCAGCAGAUAUGAUUAUAAAUUUCAGUAUUUCUAAUGCUAUACAUAGUAACAAAAGCUCUCCAGACAUUGAAUUUAUUGAUAAUAACUCCAUGGAUAAAAAUACAGAUAACUCUUCUGAUGUAAUCUCGGACAAAAAUAUUUUGGAAAAUGACGAUAAUCCAUGUAUACCGAACGAUAUUACUUUUGUGGAUUGUGGUCCUGCCUCACAAUGCUUGGAACCUGAAAUACCAGUGCAUUAUGAACAAAAAAAACAAACGACGGUACAAGAGAUGAAAAAUUGUCCCUCAACUAAUACGAUCAGAAUGAAUAACAAAACGACGAAUAAAACUGUUAACGAUUGCAAUUUACUUGAAACAAAUAAAAAUGCUGUGAAAGCUGGUGAUAAUGAUUCUAUUAAAAAUCUUAUUAAACCUUCGUAUAAAAAUUUUGUGAAAGAAUAUAAAACAGCAAUUUGCAACAAGAAAAAUGCAAAAAAUAACCACAGUAAACCUAUUACAAAAACUAACGUUCGUAAAAUGUCUGACAUUCCAGUUAAUAUUGGUAUGUCAUUUCCUGUUAAAAAGAGUCAAAUAACCAAGUCCUAUUCGGAAAGUCUCCAGACGUCAAGCCUAAAUAAUAAUUCCAAUGUAUUAAUCCAAGGUAAUAUCCAAGAUCCAAAAAAUAUUGUAUCAAUAAUUAGUCAACUUCCAUCUAAUUUUAUUUCCAACAAGAAAGUAGUUUUUAUUGGACAGGAUUCAAGUAAUGUUAUUGCUCAUAAUAAGAAUGAAAUAACCACCAAAACAGACUUAAUCAGUUUGAUAGAUAACGGUGGUACAGAUUCUAAUACAUCAACACAGAUGUGUGAUAUCAACAACAAGAAACAAGAACUCACUGGAAAAAUUAUAGUAAGAAACGGAAAGAAGUAUCUCAUAAAAAGUACAAAAACUAUUACGAAGGAUCCAAAAAGUUCUAAUUUAUUAACUAUGGAAAACGUCACGAAAGAGAUUACGAACCAAUCAACAUCCGAACAUAACACUUCAAAGCCAAAGUUAACAUCUGCUAAUUCUAAGGAGGUCGAAAAUAUUGGUGUAGAGCAAACAACUUUGCUUUACAACAAUAUUUCCCUUUUAACACCAUCGCCAUCUCCUUCUGAAUUAUCCAGCAGUUCUAGCUGCGAUUUGCACGUUAAGAAAAAUGCAUUUAUGCCAAAAUUACAAGAAUUACCUCAGCAUUUAAUGUCAUCUACUAUUCCAUCGACUCCGAAAUGUAUAUUGGAAACAAUAUCGUUAAUCAAGGAAGACAAUGGAGAACUUUAUAUGGAUAUAAAAGUAGUAGAUCGCAUAACAAGAGAAAGCUUCCGAGAGGUGUGUGAUGUAAUAGUAAAAUAUAGACGAGAAAUGUUUGACGAGUUUUAUCAGAUGAAUGGUUUGGAAUUGAAAGAACGACUCAAUCAUUUGCAAUGUGUUGUUGAAGAAAUGAAACAAGUUUUAAAUUUUCAGUCAAGCGUCAUUUUUAAUGAAAAGUUAAGAGCUGUCAAUACUCUUCGAUGCAUAUUAGAAGAAUGCAUCAAAAAAUGUGAUCAAGACGUGCAGGAAAAGAGAAACGACGAUCCGGUAUUAAACGAGUGGGAAACGAAGGUGAAUCGAAAAUACAAAUGUACAACAUGCAAUAGAUAUAUGAAACCUAAAUCAUAUGUAGCUGGAUUUUCAAAAUUACUUAAGAAUGAAAAUGCGUAUUGUUCUUGUUAUAAACAAGUUUGUCACGAGUGUCGAUCUCAUCAAGGUUCUGUGCUACGGUAUGUCGCGCAUCAAAAUUUCCACAAGAGGCAUGAACCUUAUGUUUGUCCAGAUUGUAACUCUAAAUUUAAUUCUUUUACAUCUUUAGAAAUUCACACGUGGACGGUUUGUUUUCAUACAGCGAAAAAGUACGUAUUUACUUGUAAAAUUUGUGGAAUAGAUGGUUUUAAGGAUUUAGAGUCGAUAACCAGACACUUUGUUGUCAUGCACAGUAAGACGAAGGUCGGCUGCGAAAAUUGUUCCCGGGUAUUUUCCUCGUAUAACGAAUAUGCACAACAUUGCUCAGAGGCGCAUUGUUCUAAGCUGGCUCAUACGGAGCAAAAGCCAAUACGACUGGUAAUAUGUAAACUAAGUAAUGUAAUCUUGCGUUGUGUAAACUAUAUAUCAUACUUGGAGAAAUAUCCUGGAAUUCGAAAAGUAGCAUGGUUUAAAUGUCCUUUUUGCAAUUUGACAACUACAGAUAACAAACAUGUGACAACGUUACUGAACAAUCACAUACGAGAGAAUCAUGUAGAACCUUUGUCAAGAGUCCUCACCAAAAAAGCAUUUGAAAUUUAUGUUUCAACAAUUUUAAAUGUUGGAAAAAAUGAUAUGCGACAAUUUGUAACUACAGUUUCUAAAGACACACUUGCAAAUGAGGCUCCUUGCACGGAUGGUACUAUGUUACCUAGAAUUGUGAAUACUCGAACUAUUAGUUCGGAAAUAUUCGAACGUGGCUCUCAGGAAAUGGAAUGUACGUGGUCUACAAAUACCGAUGAGGUCAUCGAUAAAAAUCCGCAAAUAAUUGAUACGGAAGAAAAAAGAGUAUUGCCAAAAAUCAACGUGAGAUCCUUAGAUGAUUUAAAAUCAUCCAAACCUAAGGACUCAAUUGCAAAACAUUCAACUGAAACGAAAAAGAAAACUAAUUCUUCGUCUCCACAAGUUACAAUCGAAACUGAAGAAAUGGAAUUAGGUAACAGCAACGAAGAGACAGUACACACAGUAGAGUCUGAGAAAGAUAACAAUGAAUUGACAAAGACUUUGUGCGAGUCUGAAAAAUCUUUAUUAAUAGACACGGUGAAUGUAAAUUCACUAAUCGCCUCGAAUAAAGAAUUUGUUAGCCAUUUUGAAGUUCGAAAAUCAAAAAGUUAUAAAUUCGAAGAAGGCAAUCAAAAGGUUUCGAAUUCUACAUCCGAAACAAACACAGAUAGCUGUAUAAAGAUAGUUGACUUUAUGACAAUAUGUAGACCGGACAUUGAACCAUUCGUUAAUACAGAAAUGUGUAAUAUACAGAAGGAAAGUAAUGCACGCUACAUGGUAUCCUUUCCAAAACCUCCUCCGCUUGUCAGAAUCCCACAGCAUUUACUUGAACGUAGAGAAACCAUUGAGCCAGUCAAUGACUCGAACAAAUCAAACGAGUCUUACGCUCAAAGAAUGGCUAAUAAGUCAAAAGUACGUAUCGCUAUAGGAACACAUACCCAAGAGGAAGGGGAUAUUGAUUACCUAUGUCAUUUAUGUAAUGAACGGAUUAAUACUUCUCAGUUGGUGGCACAAGCACACUUUCGUGAAAAGCAUUCAGACGAGUACAAAGUAGCGAUAAUCACUCCGCAGUUGUCACGGAUGUCGCUCGAUUUUAUUAACGGUGGUUAUAAGCAAUUUAUCAAUAAUAAAAAGCGAAAAUCGGACAGUACUUUAUUUGCAGCCAAAAGAAAACGUCGAUGGACACCGAAGAAGCAUGUAGAAUUGAAAGAUACGAAUCCGCCAGCAGGAUUGUGCGUGGAACAGGAGACAGCAGAGGAUGGCGAGGGUAAUUUUAUAUGCAAGAAAUGCGGUCAACGAUGCGUUGAUAUGUCUGAUCUGAGAGAGCACAUCGCUGCGAAUCAUCGACUGAAAGGCCGUUACCUAAUAUGCCUGGAAUGCGGCGAAAACUUUGUAGUUGCACCCAGCUUGCAAAUGCAUCUUAAAGCUUUUCAUGGCAUAGAAGAUCCUGCUACUUAUAUGACUCAAAAUCCCUCUUACGCUCCUGAUAUUGACGGCGACUUGCAGACGGAAGGGAGAACAACGGUGGCUAAUCAAUGCUACGUCUGUAUGGCAGUUUUCGAAGAUAAAGCUGCGGUAGAUAAACAUCUGAGAGUGCAUGGCAUGGCUUUCCUGAAUCGUAAGAGAAUAGAGGCGAGAAAUGCUUUAGAGAAAAAGACUAACACGGAGGAGGAUAAGCCAAAUAUUAUCAAAGAUGAUUCAAAGGAGACUGCGAAACAGGAUAAACCGACGGAAACGAUCCUAGAUAAAAUUAAUGCGGCAAUUUAGCUACAAAGGAUGAAAUGUAUGAAAGGAAGAUAUGUGGAAAAAAACAGUGCUGUAAUAUAAUGGCUUUAUUAAUCUUACUUUAUACUCGUUCCUCUGUAUAUUUGUGCGUUCAUCCCUUCAUUAUUAUUCCUAAAUAUUACAUCAGUGAAGCAUUAGAUCUAUUUUUUGCUAUUACAUGUACUUUGUAAUACAUGACUUUUUUAUGUAAUAUCAUCCACGCAAACUGAUAGAACACGAUUUAUUUGUUAGCAUAUAAUGGUAUGAGCAAAACGGCAAUAUAUAGCCAAUUAGAUAAUAGUAAAUUCGACGAAUAGUAGUAAAAGUUUAAAUUCAUUUUUUUUCUUGUAAAAAAUGUACAUGUAUUUCUGUUAUUUAAAAAUUAUAUAAAAAAUCAAUUUUGUAUAAUGUAUGUUCUACUUUUAAUACUUUACGCAAAAUGUUAAUGUUUGCAAAAUUAAUAUAUAAUUUAUAUUUGAAAAAUAUAUAUUAUAAAUACUUAAUAUAAAUAUUUAUACAAGGUAUUACUUAACAUAUUUUUCAAAUAUAAUUUAUAUUAAUAUUUGCUAUAAAUUUGUUUCAAACAAAUUGAAAUUAAAUUAUAAUAAUUCACAUUUAUCGCACGUAAGUAUCAAUUCAAAAUGUGUUAAUUUAUAUAAGGUAUUAUAAGAUAAUGUAAAUAUUUUUGUAAUGUAAGUAUUUUUUGCAACAUUCGUGAUUUUUUUGUAUUGCAAUUAUGUUACUUGUUAGUUAAAUAUUCUGAUUUAUGGCAUGUAAAAAUAGAAACAAAGUUCUUAUGUUAGUUGAAUAUCUAUCGCAUUAUUUGUUAUUUAUUGAAGAAUUGUGGGAUGGAUAUUAAUAACGUUCAAUAUAAUAAAAAUGGAUAGAAUAUAUAUAGUUCUUUAUUACAUCAUUUUUAUUUGCACAGACAAUGCUGAUUAUUGUUUAAUCGAUAAUUUUUUUUUUUUAUUGAUUGACACAUCAAGAUAUCCGAGUUACGAAACCAAUCGGAUAGCAAGACAUCGGAAGGAAACUUUUUUGCGGGAAUAUGUCCUCGCCACUUGUCUUAUCUACAUAUUUAUACGUAUAUACGUUUAUACUCGGUGGCAUGAAAAUAUCGGUACGUUUCAACACGUGUUCACGCAUGUUACAAACAAAACGUGGCACUCUUAUUUUAAAUCUCUUUACUUUUCGAGCGGAUAUAUUUUCAUUGCACAUGAGCGCAGGUACUAGAGAAAAGGUUUUGGGGCACUGAACACUUUGCAGUCCCGUAAGGGUAUUUACACAGUUUGUCUUCUCUGAAAUACUUAAAGUUACGGAAGUAUUCUAUCUUCAAACAGAUCCGAUGAAUGCAUAAUCGAUUAUGGCCCAUACAGCACCAAUUGUUGUAAAGAGCUUUCAGAAAGAUUUCAACUUCCUACAUUUUAUGUGCAACUUUGGCAAAAUGUCAUAUACGAAAUGUUGCAACAUUUCGUAUAUGACUACACCUUUGUAUAUUCUAAAACUUUCUGAUAUGAUCAAUAUUGCAAUAGAAAUGUUUCUGAAAUCAAUCAUAUGCAGUAAAUUUUCAAACUGGAUUUUAUAAAAUCGGGCAAAUUUUCAGCUUGAAUAUAGUUAACAUACCUAAGCAGAAAAUUUACUUUGUUGUUUUCGUUGACUGGCCGAGUAAAAAUUUUUUAAGUCUGCCCGCAGCGUAUGCCAAGUUUAUCUAGGAGUACAAGAAUAUUAUGCAAAUAAAAUAUUAUUUUCUUAUAUUAUGCAUUCUUAUUAAAUAUUUCAGAAAAAUUAUA